UGUCCCCUAACUCCUAAGGCCGGUCGGCAACUGUAACUUCCCAGUCAUUCUCUCCCCUGCGAAAUCCCCAUCUCUCUAACUCAACAUCCAUCGAUGGCGAAACCCGACGAGUUUAAGCCGGACUCGCCGUCGGAAAACCCUAAAACUGAAGUCGACGACGAGAAUGGUGACGACGGAUAUGAAGAAGAAGAGGAAGAAGAAACAGAAGAGCACGAGCUCGACGAGGAAGAAGACGACGAACCCGAACCCCAACUGCGUGGGCGGAUUCCUCAAUCAGCUGUUCGAAUGCAACAGGCGAAGCUGCAGGGCCUCUUCCAGCGGUUGCAGACGCAGACCGUGCCACUUCGAGUCCACGAUGUGCUGAUUAAGGGGAACACGAAGACUAAGGAUUACCUGAUCGAAUCGGAAGCGGCGCUGUUUAAGAACUGCACUACUAUGCAGCAGAUUCUCGAGGUCUCCAGAGCUGUGAAUUUCCGGCUGCAAGCACUGGAGAUAUUCGAUUCGGUCAAGAUCACGCUCGAUUCUGGCCCUCCGGAGCUCCCUGGGACGUCGAACGUCAUCGUGGAGGUUCAGGAGGCUAAAAGCCCUCUUUCUGGUGAGAUUGGGGCUUAUACGAAGGCCGAGGCAAGAUCUUCGACUGUUGAAGGAACACUAAAGUUCAAAAACAUAUUUGGUCAUGGGGAUCUUUGGGAUGGCUCUUUUGCUUAUGGUUGGGACAAUUUGGCAGAGCUAAGUGCUGGUGUGCAUUUCCCAAGAUUCAGAGGAGCUUCAUUUCCACUGGAUGUCCGUGCAUUCCUGCUAUCCCAAGACUGGCUGCAGUUCUCUUCAUUCAAAGAGAGGUCAAUGGGCCUUUCUGUGGCCUUGCUCUCCUCUACGAACCAUGACUUGGUCUACAAUCUCGGAUGGCGUACCUUGACAGAUCCCUCACAGUUGGCAUCCAGGUCAGUGAGGAUGCAGCUUGGUCACAGUUUACUCUCAUCUUUGAAAUAUACUUUCAAGGUUGACAGGAGAAAUUCACCUUUGCGACCAGUUCGAGGAUAUGCUUUUGCUGCUACCUCCCAAAUUGCUGGCCUUGCACCGGAUAGUCGGUGCUCACGUUUCCUACGUCAGGAGGUUGAUCUUCGUUAUGCCAUCCCGCUUGGAAUUCUGAAUUCUGCUCUCAACUUAGGGAUCUCUGGCGGCAUUGUCUUCCCGUGGGGAACUGGUUUCAAAACCUUGCCAUCACCUCUUCCUGAUAGGUUCUUCUUAGGUGGUAAUUCAUCUCCAAUUAGCAGUCUGGGGGGCCCAACAACAGUGUGGGGAUAUCGAACCAGGGGACUUGACCCUACAGAGCCUCGAAGGCAACUGAAAAGCAAUGGUGGCGAUGAGGAUGCUGCUGAUCCCGGGGUCGAUUUUCUUGGCGGAGAUCUUGCUGUUACUGCUUUUGCUGAUCUUUCUCUCGACUUCCCACUGAGAUGGUUCAGAGACAGAGGAAUCCAUGGCCACAUAUUUGCAUCCGCUGGAAGUCUCGAGAGAUUAACACAAAACGCAUACAAAGAUUUCUCCUUGCAGAAGUUUGUGUCUUCAUUCCGAACCUCCGUUGGUGCUGGGAUUGUUGUUCCAAUCCAGCCAUUCCGCCUUGAGCUGAACUACUAUUACAUGUUGAAGAAAUUCGAACACGAUCGUGGGAAGCCGAGAUUUGGGGUGACCUUCUCUAUGUAGUAUUUGGGAAGUAUAAAAAUUUGUUGGAUUUGUGUUUGGAAUUCGGCAACUAGAAUCCCAGACUGCCUGAAAAGCUUCAUUGCGGUUCAUUUCAAAUGUAACGUUGAACACAACCUUGUGGUAAGUCCACAGCCUAGCAGUUCUUUCUUGGUUUCCUUCUCCUCACAACAGUGACGGGAAUAACCUAAUUUUUUUAGGAUCCUGAUUUCUUUUUGUUUUAGUAGGAUUCAUUUCACAGAAGCAUCUGAAAUAGAUGGUCUAUUUUUGUUUCAAAACAAGCACGUACAUUUUGACCUCUAAUGAAAAUGUCGUGGUCGAGAUCUUUUUAUCGUCGACUAAAUGUGCAGCAUAGCUUGGCUUUAAAACUUGCAGAUGGUGAUCAAAUGGAAAAGAUUGCAGCAUAUCUAUUUGUUCUUUGGUUCCUAGCUUUGCUUCUUGAUUGUUGGGUGCUGUAAGUGGAUCAUACCUGAAUCCAGGGAAAGACUGAUUCUCGUCUAGUUAAUGUUUAUGUUUGUUCCUUUCUUGACCAUUGUGGUCCAAACGGAACAACGAUGGUGUUUGCUUACCAUUAGCCCAUUUCCAGGUCUGGAGACAAAACUGGAAGGGCUAGAGUAGAGAGAAGAGAAACCCGCCAAUCACUGCAAUCCUCGACGGGCCGGGCGUGUACUAAUGAGUGGGCCGGAUGGUGUCUCUUUUCAUUGUCAUUGGACCCCCAUAGAGUGUCUAACGGAUUCAUCUACGACUCUGUACAGCGCCCGACCCACAUUCAUACAACCCAGCUAGCCCAUCCAUGGAAAGAAGUAAUAAUGAUCGAUGAAAACCCUCUCCACAUAAUAUAACUACCUUGUACCUUGGCUGUAAUAUAUAAAAUUAUUUUUUGAUAAGUUAACAGAAAUAUACAUUUGUGUCAGAUGUAUUUAAUUAAUAAGUAAAUAUUAUUUCAUCUCCCAUCUUGUGAUUCCUAUACUCAUACUACUAUAUCUAGA